UCCUGGUUAUAUGACCCUCUGCCAAAUACAUAUUUUCAUGGAAAGAAAGUAACAGAGGCAGCCUUGAAUUCUGUAGCCUAUUCAUGAGCUUUACUGGUUUUUAUUUUCAACAUAUAAAGAUUGGCUAAAAACAUAUUACAGCUUUCAGAGGACUGCAUUUUAGGCACCAUUGUUGAUACUGUUUGUUACAACAACAACAAAAAACAGAAUAUCUUCUUUGAGGCAAGUCUCCUACCAGUGAAAAGGAAAAAUGUGAAAUCAAACGCCCUGCUAAACAUAACCUCUCUCUGUACUUGGGAUUGCACCUGGACGACGUCACCACCACUGCACUCCACAACUGACAGGCUGCAAGAGAGCUGCGUGCGAAUGCUUCCUCAAACACGCAGAAGAUUCCCAGUGUAGCCUACCAGAAGGGCAGAGCAUAAUAAGUCAAAGCGAAACUUGAUCGGGACCCUUUUAAACGCUUUAUAAAGGAGACUGCUGGAUGAGUGGUCACCAUGUCUCCCUUCUUACGCAUAGCCUUUAAUGCGUUUGAUGUGGGCGUCUUGCCACCCCUGACUGACGCUCCCUUCUGUGCAAUUAAGAUGAAGGAGUCCCUCAGCACUGAUAGCCAGGGGCACACACCAACACUCAGACAUCAUUUACAAACGAAGCAUGUGUAUUUAGUGAGUCCGCCAGAUCAGAAGCGGGGGAAGACCCUAGUCCAGAGGAAACCCACUAUGUACCCUGCCUGGAAGUCCACUUUCGAUGCCCACAUCUACGAGGGCCGUGUCCUCCAAGUGGUUCUGAUGAAGACCGCGGAGGAGCCAUUGGCCGAGGCCACGGUGGGUGUGUCUGUGCUGGCUGAGCGCUGUAAGAAGGGCAACGGCUGUGCUGAAUUCUGGGUAGACCUGCAGCCUUCUGGGAAGAUUCAGAUGGUCGUCCAGUUCUUUGUGGAGGACACAGACACAGCAGCGUUUAAGUCGAACGUGAAGGGGCGUGAAGAGGAGGACGGAGCGAUGACACUGACCCGAAGGAGAGGAGCCAUUAAACAGGCCAAGGUCCACUUCAUCAAGAACCAUGAGUUCACAGCCACCUUCUUCGGACAGCCCACCUUCUGCUCUGUCUGCCGGGAGUUUGUCUGGGGAUUCAACAAGCAAGGCUACAAGUGCAGACAAUGCAACGCCGCCAUCCACAAGAAAUGUAUUGACAAAAUCAUCGGGAGGUGCACAGGAACAGCUGCCAACAGCAGAGACACUAUGUUCCAGAAGGAGCGCUUUAAGAUCGACAUGCCACAUCGCUUCAAGAUCCACAACUACAUGAGCCCUACCUUCUGUGACCACUGUGGCAGUAUGCUCUGGGGAAUGGUCAAGCAGGGCCUCAAGUGUGAAGACUGUGGCAUGAACUCCCAUCACAAAUGUGAGAAGAAAGUGGGAAAUCUCUGUGGAAUCAACCAGAAACUCCUGGCUGAGGCCCUCAACCAAGUUAGCCAAAAAUCCACAAGACGGUCUGAAUCCAGCAACUCUGAGUCAACGGACAUUGGAAUCUACCAGGACUUCAACAAAAGCCCAGGAGCGGACCCUAGUGAAGGCUAUGAGAAGCUGUGGGAGGGAGGUAAGGGCCCUGCCCCAGCCAGCAUCACCCCCAAGACCCGCCUCACCAUUGACAGCUUUGUGUUCCACAAGGUGCUGGGCAAGGGCAGCUUUGGCAAGGUCCUGCUGGCUGAGCUGAGGGGGCGAGGGCAGUACUUUGCUGUGAAGGCCCUAAAGAAAGAUGUGGUUCUGAUGGAUGAUGAUGUGGAGUGUACCAUGGUGGAGAAGAGAGUCCUGGCCCUGGCCUGGGACAACCCCUUCCUCACACACCUCUACUCCACCUUCCAGACCAGGGAACACCUGUUUUUCGUGAUGGAGUACCUAAAUGGAGGAGACCUGAUGUUCCACAUACAGGAUAAGGGUCGCUUUGACCUCUACAGAGCCACGUUCUACUCAGCAGAGAUCAUAAUUGGACUGCAGUUCCUCCACUCCAAAGGAAUAAUUUACAGGGACCUGAAGCUGGACAAUGUGAUGCUGGACAGAGACGGCCACAUUAAGAUCGCUGACUUUGGGAUGUGCAAGGAGAACGUGUUUGGAGAUAAUCGGGCCACCACUUUCUGUGGGACGCCGGACUACAUCGCACCAGAGAUCCUGCUGGGACAGAAGUACACCUUCUCCGUGGACUGGUGGUCGUUUGGGGUACUGGUGUAUGAGAUGCUGAUUGGCCAGUCUCCGUUCCAGGGUGAUGACGAGGAUGAGCUGUUUGAGUCCAUCAGGAUGGACGUGCCUCACUACCCUCGCUGGAUCACCAAGGAAGCUAAGGACCUGUUGGAGAAGCUGUUUGAAAGAGACCCCAGUCGCAGGCUAGGUGUGGUGGACAACAUCCGCAGCCACUCCUUCUUCAAGACCCUCAACUGGCCUGCCCUGGAGAAGAGACAGGUGGACCCCCCCUUCAAACCUAAAGUGAAAGGCCCCAAUGACUGCAACAACUUUGACCGGGAGUUCCUGAGUGAGAAGCCCCGCCUCUCCCACACGGACAAGAACCUAAUCGACUCUAUGGACCAGACAGCCUUUGCAGGCUUCUCUUUUAUCAACCCCAAGAUGGAACGCAUUAUGGACAAAUGAAGGCACAACAAGAUUCCCCCAUCUCUUCGUUCCAACCGCACCAUUAUAAACACAUAGGAAAGGGAGGAGGAGGAAACCAGUGUUGCAUUUAUCUCAGUGGUGGUUCCUUCAAUAAUGGUGUCUUUCUUUUCCUUGGGAUCAAACCUUGAAUCAAUCCAUGUACUGUACUUUAUCCCCCAACAUACAUCAACACACUCAUUCACACACCCCCCAUAGCUCAGACAGUUGUUUAAUAUUGUCCAUGCUGAGAUGUCAGGGGUCAAAUGUGGCUCUCUCACACCCGUGUGCUCUGCCUACUAAAUGCAUGCAUGAAUGAAUAUGUCUGAGUGACAGCAUGAAUCUCGAGUAUAUUUUAAAUGUUUUAUAAUGAAAAGAACGUUUAUACUUUUUCAGGUGCGAAUUCAGUACCCUAUGGAAGGUAAAAUUAAUUCAAUUGAAAGGGUGAUUAAAAAAACAAAUUAUAGAACACCCAAGUUAAAGGACCAGUAGAGGAUGCCCAGAUUUAUACAGGCAUGGAUAGUCUCUCACCGUUGUCUGCCCAUCCACAUGAUAUAAAACUAAGGAUUUGUAAAUGGUACUGCAGCUUCCCCACUCUCUGGAACAAACCAGAGCUACUCUGAUUCAGAUCUGCGUUACGGUAGUGUCAAAUGGAGUGGGACAUCAUACUGGAGGUAGUCAAUGUAAUGGUACUCUGCAGUCAUUUGUCUUGAAGGUUAUGGGUGUGUGUUGGUGGGGAUUCCUUUAGCAAAAGAAUGGAUAAAUUGGGUCUGGUCUUACUUGAAUGUAGGUAUUUUAAAAAGCAAAUAAUAAUAAUAUGCUGUACAUUAUAUUAAAAUGGUAUGUGCAUUGCCUUCAGAAAGUA